CCGCUCCGCUCCGCUCCGCGCCCGCCGACGGUGCCGGUGCCGGUGGCGGUGCCGCCCGCUCCCGCCGCCCCUUGCCCGGAGCGGGCCGGCCCGGCUGCACCAUGGCCGGGCAGGAGUGGGAUUGGUUCCAGCGCGAGGAGCUGAUCGGGCACAUCAGCGACAUCCGAGUGCAGAACCUCCAAGUGGAGCGGGAAAAUGUGCAGAAGAGGACCUUUACAAGAUGGAUAAACCUACAUUUGGGAAAGUGCAAACCUCCUCUGAAAGUGAGAGAUUUGUUUAUGGAUAUACAAGAUGGGAAAAUCUUGAUGGCACUACUGGAAGUCCUGUCAGGACAAAAACUGAUGCAUGAAUACAAAUCUUCAAGCCAUCGCAUUUUUCGUUUAAACAACAUAGCCAAAGCACUUAAGUUCCUGGAGGACAGCAAUGUAAAGCUUGUUAGCAUUGAUGCAGCAGAAAUAGCAGAUGGAAAUUCCUCUCUGGUACUUGGACUAAUAUGGAAUAUAAUAUUGUUUUUUCAGAUUAAAGAGCUGACAGGCAACCUCAACAGGAACUCCUCCUCAUCCAGUCUCUCUUCUGGACCCAGCGGGCCAGAGUCGGACACAUCAUACCCCAGCACUCCUAACGUAGAAAGAAGCAUGUCUGUCACAGUGAAGGAUCAGCGAAAAGCCAUCAGAGCCCUUUUAUUCUGGGUUCAGAGGAAAACCAGAAAAUAUGGUGUUGCAGUUCAGGACUUUGCCAGCAGCUGGAGGAGCGGCCUUGCCUUCUUAGCUAUCAUAAAAGCAAUAGACUCCACUUUGGUAGACAUGAAGCAUGCAUUGGAAAAAUCAGCACGAGAAAACUUGGAGGAUGCUUUUAGCAUUGCUCAAAACAAGCUGGGUGUUCCUAGGCUUCUAGAGCCAGAAGAUAUAAUGGUGGAAUCCCCUGAUGAGCAGUCCAUUGUGACCUAUGUGGCCCAGUUCCUUGAACAUUUCCCAGAGCUGGAGGGAGAAGACUUUACAGACCCUGAGAAGGAGCUUCCAAUUGAAUCUACGUAUGUUCACAUCAAAGACACGCCUUCAGAAAAGGAAAGCAAAAUCUUGAUUUUAAGGGAAAGUGACAAAAAUAUGUACACUGUUAAUCAUGAAAGGAGUCACCCCGCUCCUCCAAAGGUUCAUAUUCAUGACACCCCUGAGAGAAUUCUGUCAGAAACUGUUCCUGAAGCAUGUAAUGGCAAAUUGAAUCAAGUGUUAGACGAUUCUCAGGAAAUCUCUGAAGAUGAGCCACAAAGGCCAACUUCACUGAAAAUUACAGGAUCUGUCAGUUAUGAAUCAAAUUCCUCCUGGGAAGUUCUUAGUGAUAAGUUGGUGCCAGGUGAUAGUGGCAUAUCUGAUGAUGCACUGAAACAGAGUGAUGACCUUUCUCCAGCUGUUCUGACUGAUCAGAAAAAUUCCGUUGACUCUUUUGAAGACUAUUCUGAAGAAUUAACAAAAGAAACCUAUACUGAAUACGACAAUGAAACAAAGAGCCUUUCAGCCAAUACUUCUUCUUUAAGUCCAUUGUCUUGGACUUCAGGUAUACUUACAGAUGAAUCUAUAAAUAGAGUAGAAGAGAGCAAUUCCCAAAAUUCAAUUAUUUUACCAGAAGUUACUUCUAAACAAGAAGAUACACAUAAGUAUGUUCUUCACCUUCUAAAUGAGGAAGUGCUGAAACAGCCAGAAAAUGAACGUACAAAGCAAUCACCUGUUCUGGAGACAACAGAAAAUAACCAUUGUUCAUUGAAUGGUUCUAAUCUCAAAAGCCAAGAAAUAUCUACGCUGCUAGAAACAUCUGAUGACUCUCUCUCAGAUGGACCCAAUAAUGAAGAAGACUCAGACAGUUGUGAUGAAGAUGAGUCUUCAGCAGAAGUGCUACUCAGUUCUUCGAAAGUGUCUGUAAUACCCCAUGAUCUGUUCUAUUAUCCACAUUAUAACGUUCCCAUAUCAGCGGUUUUGGAUGCUUAUGUUGAGCCUUGUCUUGAAAGAUAUGAUACUGAAAAUGACAAAUCUUUUUCUGAAACAGUAACAGAUAUUUUACAUGAGAAAGGGAUACCGGCACAGGGCUACAAGGAAGAUGAUCCAGAGCCAGGCUUAGGGAAUAAUGAUGAUGUCCCUUCGUUGGAAAUGGGUACUGAGAACGGAGAGGAGGAAACAGUAGAUAUAAACAGUCAUAGCAGUUCUUUCUAUGAAAAAGAACUGCCAUUACUAAUAGGAGAGAUAGAAAUUGAAAUAGACAGCCAAAAAGCCACCGGCAAUGAAGAUUCCAUAAUUCUACAGCAUCCUGAGGCCAUAGGAGACAAUCUGGAUGACUUUGCAACAGUGGGAAUAAGACUGGAAGAAAGUAGUAAUGGGCAGGAAAAAAAGGAAAAUAUGAUGGAAGCAGAAGACUUGCAGAUCUCAGAAGUUGGGCAUACUGCACUGUUAGAUGAUAAACUGGAAGAAAUUGCUAAUAGCCAGGAAUUGACCAGAACUUGUGGCAAUGAUUCCAACAUCUUUCUCCGAAAAAGGUUUCCUGAUUCUUCUGAGAUGGAAACCUCUGGUAAAAAGGAUCAGAAGAUGACAGAAAUGGGUGAAAAUCUAUUGAUCACUGGGAUGAAAAAGGACAUGGAAACGCAUGAGAUUGCAGCACCUCCUUGCCAGACUCCAAGCAUUGAGCAAUCAGAGCUAUUCUACUUCAUCAUUUUCCUCUGGGUGCUUGUCUACUGCCUUUUAGUCCUUCCACAGCUUUUUAGCUUCAAAGUGUGAUCUCUGUGAGGUGUGUACAAAUAAAAGACGGUAGCUUCAUUGCUUUGUGUAUCUACAUAUAAGUAUGUUAUUUCAGGUGAAGCACAAGCAGAAAUAUAGGACCUGGUAUUUGUAUUUACUAUCAGGUUCUCAUCAGUUCCUCUACUGUUGUGCUAUGACAAUGUCUAAGCACAUUUUAUAAUACGACAGUUGUGUAAAUAUAUAUAAAAAUGUAGCUGCAAUUUUGUACAUUUGUGCCUUGCUUUAUAAGAUGCUAAAUAAAAAUGGAUGAUUAUCAGUAGAACUAUGAACAAUUCAGAGCUCUAAUCAUCAAAAAUUAUUAUUCUGGCUUCAUUUACCUGUGAAGGGUUCAACACCAGUGGAAGACUUGUUGUUGGCUUGCCCAUUAAUCUGGUCCUCCUGAAAGAGCAAGGCUUGAAAUGCUCUUUUUCCAUGGAGUUCUUUGAGAGAGGUGGAGGUAGAGCAGAGUUGGAGUUGAGACUUCUCGCUGCAGGAAUUUAACUAUAAUCCUAUAUAGUGGCAAUCCAGUGGAGCAGCAAAAUCAGGUAGAGGGUUAUUUGUGGAGGGAAGAUUGUUUUUUUAGGAUGUAAAUUCAUUUUUACUCGAAACCUGUUAUGCUUAAAUUGCAGGAACAAAUUGGGUGUGGAGCAGUGGGGGAUCGUGUGAGAAAUCUUAAUCCAGAUAUUUCUGUACAGAGUACCUGAAGAAAUACACUUUGUAUGUUACUGAUGGUGGCAAUCUUUGAGAAAGAUCAGGAACAGAUAGGUGGUUUUUGUUUGUUUGUUUUUAAUACUGUGAGACAGUACCUCUGUUGUGAGACAGCAUCUGAUUCCUUUUUUCUGAUGCUUUUAUUUACCAGAUCAUGUGAUCAUUUUUGUCUUUUAAAGAUGCAAAAUAUGACAGGUAGUCUAACUUCUAAGGCUACUGUUGAAGCACAAGUGCACUGUUAUGAAAGGGUUAGAAAUAUUCUUUAAGUGUAUAAAUCAAUGACGAGUGUAAAACUCAAUAUAGAUAAAUGCUGACAGCCUUUGUUUACUCUCUAGUUUAACUGGAUAGACUUCUGUGCACAGACAUAGUUAAGCCAUUUCUCUUAACUUUUAGCCACAUCAGCAAUCACUUUAGGGUAUUUGAUUUAGUUUUCAGCCAGAGAAAGGGUACCAGUGCACUACAGGAUGAAAGAGAAUUCUUCAAAUUCAGUUCAAUUGCAAUAAUUUCUUAGUUAUCAAUGGAGAUUAUCUGGAGUUCAAUUACAGUCUUUUUGGAGAAUUUUACCACUAUCAGAGUUCAGUCAAGGAGAAUCAUUUCCAUUUUGUCUUCUCUCUCCUAAGAAAAUGAAUUGGAAGGAGAUCUUUGAAUGUCUCACCUAAGCCACUGGCAUCCGUAAAGAAUGGAAGAGUGGGCUAUUAACUUCCAAGAAGGAGAAAACUCAUCAUUUUUUUCUUCCCUCUUGCUAAUAGUCAGUGGCUCAGGCAGCAAAAUGAGCAGUUUAAAUCUCAGAGAGCAUGCAGCAAUUGUCUUGAUCACUUCAUCCAAUCUUUAAGCUAAUGUAUACUUUCCAACCUGGCCUGAGAAAAGAUGGAGGUUGCUUCUACUUUCUAAAGUUGGUGAAAAUAAUACUAAAUAAAUCCAUGAUACUUGGUAUUUGGCUGCUUUCCACAUUUGGAUUUGCCAGGUUUGUUUUUGUUUGCUUGUUUGUUUGAUUUUUUUACUCUAGCAGAAGCAGUCUACCUUAUUCAGCCAUUCUGUGGGUAAGAAUGUCCAGAGUAGAAGAAUUACAAAUAGUACUGCUGUAGUCAGCUGACUGUGGAAACAGACUGAACUCUGAAGGAGUUCUGCCAUUAUCUAGAACUGAAAAAGAAAAAAGAAAAUAAAAAAAAAAGGACAACUGCAUGAGCAGCAGCUCCCCCCACUUAAAAUGAAUCUAAUCCCUCAAGUGCCCUCUCUGUUCUGUAAAUGUUGCUCCUUGUUGGUCCUUGUGUGCCAUUCUUAGCUUACAUUAUAAAAGCCUGACUGUGAAGUGUUCAUUGCAGCAAAGGGUUUUCUAAUGUGCUGACUGGAAGACUGUCUCGAGGCAUCUGAGAUUUUAAAGGCUGGUGGGCCAUUUUUAUCUCACUAAUAGAUAUGUGCACAGUCUGAAUAAGGAGGUUUUCCCUGAAAAAAGGCCUGGAUUUUUAAGUGCUAAGCUUGAAGUGACCUCAUUUGAUACUUUGAUUUAGUAGCAGAAUUCAGAUAUAUAUGGGUACUGAUCUGUUAAGAUCAUUUAUAAAACCAGUUCUUGAUGAGCAAGUGCAUGCAUGGUGCGGUAUUGUGAAGUGUAAGUGUUGGGAAGUGCUUGUAGAUUACUGGAUAAAAGGGUGUUUGGUGUUCAGAGAAGCACCAUUACAGGCUGCAAAACAGCUGUAACAGGAUGUUUCAAUGUUACUGCUGUUUAACUGCAAAGUGUUUCAUUGAGAUUUUAUAGAAAGUGCGAGAAAUGGUUUAGUAUUAAAGACCAAAGCCUGCUAAACGGUUAUGGGGCAGAUGUCUUACAGCUGAAGAAAUGAGUUAAGCAAUCACUUCAUCUACAAACUGAAAUGAAUGCAGCCUUUGCCAGGUUGUAGGAAAUGAUCAGGGCAAGUUCAGAUUGCAGUUAUAAAAGAAAAAGAAAAGAAAAGAAGACAAUCACUUUUUCAAUGCCGUGAAUAUUUUUGAUAGAUUGAGCUCUAAAAUGUAUUUUAAUUGAGUUUCUAGAUUAUAAUGAAUGUGUCUACAGAAUUUUAUGCAAAGCUUCAGAGUUCAGCUGUUUUAAAAAGAUGUUUUUUUUAUAUAGCGGUGAUUAUUUUAUCUAUAUAUUUAAUAGAACUGUAAAACCAUUUUAAGAAUACCUGUAAAACUAUGUGUAUGUGGUAUGAUUAUUUAUUAAUUAUGACUCACAAGAAUGAACAUUGAGCUAUGCAUCAGUUGGAGCAUCCAUUUGGAAACAGAGGAAGAUCUCUUGCUGAGCAGUAGACUUGAAAGACGUGGGAAAUGAUUUGAAUGCAACUGCGUGAUUCGUAGAGCUGCAUAGCUGUUUAUCAUUUUGUGAUGUUAACUUUCAUAAGUUGCAAAUUAUACUGAGUGAUGAAGCUUCUUUCUUCCAUUAAAACUUCCUGAGGCUGAAAUUUCAACAUGUUAAUAUUUGGUGUUCAACUCACUUAUUUCCUUUACAUCUUCUGAUGAUAGUCACUAUGAUUUCUUUAUCAAAGUAGUGAGCCAUGAAUUUACUGGGGCCCAGGGUUUUUUAUUAUUAUUAUUUUUCUUUUUCGGAGCUUUUGGUACCCAUCCUCACAUAAUCAGAGCUUUUAGAAGAGGAAUUUGCCCAGUGUAUGUGCUCUCAUAUUCAACCAUCUAAGAAGAUAAUUAGUGCAUUAUCACCCACGUGUAGCUUUAAGUACUUGGGAGUCCCUUCUCACCAAGCACAAAAAUGAAUGCAUCAGUGAUGUGUUCAGUUCUCGACUUCUGUGAAAGUCAGUGUGACACAUCUGUGUGCUAAGCACACCUACAGGAUCUGGCCUUGAGGGAACUUAACUUACAUCACAUAGGCCAGAAGUAGCCAAAGCCUACGCAUUGCCUUGGGGCUAGGUCCACAAACAAUGCCACAGACUUCAGUUAACCCCUUUAAAUGCAUCGCAUUUGUUGCACAAAUUAUGUAGGACCAAUCCCCUACUUCUUCUAGGAAGUUACCAUCCCCUACCAGUUUUGAUUAAGAAGACAGCAGCAGGAAACAAGUGGCUGGAACGCAGAGUAAGGUCACAGGUUAGAAUGUGCCUGUGAAAGUUCCCAAAUCUCCACAGCCAAAAGCUCUGACCUGACAAAAGUCACCCGCUGAUUUCCACUGGGCUAGUAGAUGGUAAACCUGAAAGAAGGAAAAAAAAUCCAUAAGUGUCUGUAUUUCCAUGUUGUGCAGUUUUUUUUCUCAAGUAAAUAACAUCAAAUUCUUCCCCACCGCAUGCCACUGAUGAUGCUGAUUUAUAGACAUCUGACUGAUGAGUGUUUAUAAUCCAGUUUUGUACAUAAGCAGGGUGUGCACGAGUGCAAGCUGCUACCCCACACUCUGCCAUGGUGGAGCUAUGCAUUCCAGAGGACAGGAUUUAUAUGUACAUUUAAGGGAUAUAGGAAAAGACAUAUUCUGAAUGGGAAAGCUUGCUUACUCUGUCCGUCUCUUGACACACUACUCUAUAGCUCACAAAAGGCAACAAAAAUUAACCUUUUAUUCUCAAGUGCCGUGUCUGUUUCAGGGUUAUCUUAACUGAAAUUGUGGAAUAGCAAAGCAUUUCUUUCUUCCUCUGAAUAUGAGACGUGGAAAGCUCACUUCCACCUCAGUGGCACUUUUGAUGACUCCUUUUCAGACAGCUGCUACUGCUGAUAAUGGAAAAUGAGAACGGUGUUAUUUUCUCACCAUGAGGGGAAUGUCUAAGUUUAUGUCUCUGGAACAUAAAAUUGGCCCCUGGGUGAUUAAUACAAUUCUUUCCUCAUGAAAAGGUUAGAAGGGGCAAUAAAAAUAAUUAAUUCGACCUCAGUGAGAAAUAGUAAAAAAUAACAUUCCAAGAAAGGCUGUGUUCAAGUCAGGUAAUAUUUUACUGCCAAAGUAGUUUCAUUACUUUCAUUGGGCCUUCCUGGAAUCUCUUUGAUUCACGGAAUUCAUUUGCUCUGUGCCCAAGGAACCAUUCAUACAGUGCAGCUCUGAUCCACAGCUGUCACUAGACUAUAACAGAUAAUCGCCAGUGUUCACUUAGAAAUGACUGGCCUAAUUUAAUUCAAUUCACUUUCAACUUACAUGCUGUUUGUUUUGUAGAGAAACAACUUUUUUUUUUUAAUGCUGAAUAACUUACAAUUAAAUAUUGUAAAUCAAACACAUCUUUUUAUUACAGCCAAAAGAAUUCAACCUCUGCUUUUGUAUUGAAGGAUGUUUUAGUUUCCAUACCACUUCAUGCUAUUUUAUUCUUCUGUGUAAAAAGCCAAAAAAAAAAAAAAAAAAAAAACCCACAACAAAA